CGGGGCCGGGGCCGCGGCCGCCUCCAUCCCGAUGGGAGGUUGGGGAGACUUAGCCGUCCUUUUCCUCCGAAUCCGCCUGAACUUCUGGUUUGGAAGGGUUUGGUGCUAACCCCCUGGAAUCAUGGGGUCCGAGAACCCAAAUCCCCAAAACCCUAGCUGUAAGAUCAUGACGUUUCGGCCGACCUUCGAAGAAUUUCGGGACUUUGGAAAAUACAUCGCCUACAUCGAAUCUCAAGGAGCUCACCGAGCAGGACUUGCCAAGGUGAUCCCCCCCAAGGAAUGGAAGCCCCGGAAGACCUACGAUGACAUAGAUGACAUGGUGGUCCCUGCGCCCAUCCAGCAAGUGGUGACGGGGCAGUCAGGCUUAUUUACCCAGUACAACAUCCAGAAGAAGCCCAUGACGGUGGGGGAGUACCGGCGCCUGGCCAACAGCGAGAAGUACUGUACUCCUCGCCACCAGGACUUUGAAGAUCUGGAGCGAAAAUACUGGAAGAAUCUGACUUUCGUAUCUCCGAUUUAUGGAGCCGAUAUCAGCGGCUCUUUAUACGAUGCAGACGUGGACGAGUGGAAUAUCGGAAACUUGAACACGUUGCUGGACAUGGUGGAACAUGAAUGUGGGAUUAUCAUAGAAGGUGUGAACACUCCAUAUUUGUACUUUGGGAUGUGGAAGACCACAUUUGCUUGGCAUACCGAGGAUAUGGACCUCUACAGUAUCAACUAUCUUCAUUUUGGGGAACCCAAAUCCUGGUACGCCAUCCCCCCAGAACAUGGGAAGCGGCUGGAGAGGCUGGCUAAAGGGUUUUUCCCAGGAAGCUCUCAGGGUUGUGAUGCGUUUCUCCGUCACAAGAUGACACUCAUUUCUCCCUCCAUCUUGAAGAAAUACAGCAUCCCCUUCGACCGGAUCACCCAGGAGGCUGGAGAGUUCAUGAUCACUUUUCCCUAUGGCUACCAUGCUGGAUUCAAUCACGGCUUCAACUGUGCCGAGUCGACGAACUUUGCCACCCUGCGGUGGAUCGAUUACGGCAAAAUGGCUACGCAGUGCACCUGCCGGAAGGAUAUGGUGAAGAUCUCGAUGGAUGUGUUCGUGAGGGUGCUGCAGCCGGAGCGCUACGAAUUAUGGAAACAAGGAAAAGAUAUCACUGUGCUGGACCACAUGAAACCCACAGCCCUGACCAGCCCGGAGCUGGCUGCCUGGAAUAACACCAAGGCGGCGCUAAAAGCCAAACUCCUCCGCAGGUCCCACCGGAAAAGGAGCCAGCCAAGGAGGCACAAGACGGAAGACCAGAAGUCACUGAGGGAGGUCAUCGUGACAGAGACGGUCCCAGAGGAGGACAAGGGAGAAGAGGAGGAGACCAAGCAGGGGCCGCCCCCAGAGGAGGAGGAGGAGCGGCGAAAAGUGGCAGAGGGUGGAGAAGGGGACGCCCAGACCAAGACUCGCCCCUCCAAAACCAAGAGUGACAAAAAGAAGAGGCAACACCAGCAGCAGCAGCAGCAGCAGCAGCAGCAGCAUCACCCCCCUGAGCCACCGCCGCCACGCCCGGAGGAGGAGACCCCUCCACCAGCACCCCCGGCUCUUGAUCCCCCCGUGCUGGUGCCAGCCACCACCGCCUCGGCCGAGGAUCCCCCCUCGGCCCCCCUCAAUGUGGUCCUCCCUUCCGAGGGGCCCAGCGAAGAGGAUGACUUCAAGCCUCGCCCCAUCAUUCCCAUGCUCUACGUCGUCCCCCAGUCCAAGAAAGUGGUCUUUGACAAAGAGCGCAUGUCUUGCCAGCAGGCAUUUGAGCAAUUUGCCACGCAGAAGGGCCCGGCGUGGAGAGAGCAGGCUGCCCUUGGGGAGCUUGCCGGGAAGGGGGAAGAGAACGGAGAGGCCGAGAAUGCCGAGGUCAGCCCCGAAGCCAGGGAGGAGCAGGCUUCUGCCACAUUCUCCAAAUUGAAGAUGGAGAUCAAGAAGAGUCGGCGCCACCCGCUCGGUAAACCACCGACCCGAUCCCCACUGUCAGUCGUCAAACAGGACACCUCGAGUGAUGACGAAGCGUUUCCUUUCUCCGGGGAGGAAGAUGUGAGUGACCCGGAGGCCUUGAAGUCUUUGCUUUCCCUCCAGUGGAAGAACAAAGUGCACAACUUCCAGGCUGAGAGGAAAUUCAAUGCAGCUGCCGCCCUGACUGAGCCAUAUUGUGCCGUCUGCACUCUCUUCUGCCCGUACAACCAGCCCUCCCAGGCAGACAAAGAGGGGUCCCAAGCUUCCACUGCAGAGGGCUCCUCCUUACUCCAGCUCUCCAAGUGUGGCCAGAAGACCAAGCCCCUGAUCCCUGAGAUGUGCUUUACCUCAAGUGGCGAAAACAUAGAGCCUCUUCCUGCCAACUCGUACAUCGGUGAAGAUGGAACGAGUUUCCUGAUUUCCUGCUCCAAGUGCUACCUGCAGGUCCAUGCGAGUUGUUACGGAAUCCGCCCCGACCUGGUCAAUGAAAGUUGGACUUGUUCCCGGUGCACAACCAACUCCUGGACAGCGGAAUGCUGCGUGUGUAAUCUCAGGGGAGGAGCACUUCACCGGACGACUGACAGGAGGUGGAUCCACGUGAUAUGCGCGAUAGCUGUCCCAGAAGUCCGUUUUCUUAACGUGCUCGAGCGUCAUCCCGUGGACAUUAGUGGAAUUCCAGAGCAACGGUGGAAAUUGAAGUGCGUGUACUGUAGAAAGCGGAUGAAGAAGGUCUCCGGAGCCUGCAUCCAGUGCUCCUACGAGCACUGCUCCACCUCCUUCCAUGUGACCUGUGCCCACGCCGCAGGCGUGCUCAUGGAGCCCGACGACUGGCCCUAUGCGGUGUCCAUCACCUGCUCCAAGCACAAAGCUACCAGCCCCAGCGUGAGUGUGCAUGCCCUCUCCCCGCCUUGUCUCCCCCCCCCCCCCCCCCCCCCCCCCCCCCCCCCCCGCGGGACCGCCAUCAUGACCCCUUCCUGUCCUCUCCGGUUCCAGGGCCAGCUUCUGAGGGAGGUGACCCUGGGCCAGACAGUCAUCACAAAGAACCGCAACGGGCUCUACUAUCGGUGUCAAGUGAUCGGCAUGACCACCCAGACCUUCUACGAGGUCAACUUCGAUGACGGUUCCUACAGUGACAACUUGUAUCCCGAGAGCAUUAUUAGCCGAGACUGUAUCCAGCUGGGACCCCCCUCCGAGGGGGAGGUGGUUCAGCUCCAAUGGACUGAUGGCAACGUUUAUAAGGCCAAGUUCAUUUCAGCCCAGAUCAGCCACAUUUAUCAGGUGGAGUUUGAGGACGGCUCCCAGCUCCUGGUGAAGCGCGGCGAUAUUUACACCUUGGAGGAGGAGCUUCCCAAGAGAGUAAAAUCCCGGCUGUCCGUCAGUACCGGGGCCCCUCCAGAAGAUGCGUCCGCGGGAGACGAGGCCAAGGCAGCCAAGCGUCCGCGAGUGGGCAGUUCCCGGAAUCCGGAGGACUACGGACAAGGCCCAAAUUACCUGGCCUUCAUGGAGUCGCUCUUGCAGUCCCAGUACCAACCUGGGACCCAGAGCAACCUGUUUUAACAGGGGUGGGGUUUUAAACCCACCUCCUGCCGCCACCCCCUCCCCCACCCCCGACCAUCCCCACAGUCCCCAAGGAAACCAUGGAGCCAAUGGGAAAUCCCCUGCUCCCCACCCUGCCCUCCCCUGUGCAAUAACUUGCUGUGAAUUCCUCUUAUCUUCCCUUGGUGCCGGCUGUCCAAGAGACUGGACAGACUCCAGGCUGCCUCAGUUUCUGGGGGUCACCCCUGCUUUCCCAGGAAAGGAAAGCGUCCUUCCCAGUUCCCUCCCCCUCCCCUCCCACCCCAAAUCCCUAGGACCGCACAGCUCAGGUGCUGGGAAGGGGUUUGGCUUCCCCUUUUUGGGCCAGGGAAAGAGGGGGCUUCCCUAUUGGUGAAAGCAAACUUGACUCUCAAUUUUUAAACCAUCUUGGAACAAGGUGCUAUUUCCCCAACAUCUCGAGCAGCGAUUCUGUACAGAAACCGCCUUUAUUAAAUUCUUUCUAUAAACACACAUCACUAAAACACAAAAUGGAGGAAGAAAGACAAACAAGGAAGGAUGUCCCCCAAACUGGCUUUAUAAAGCAGUGGCUUUAACAAAAACACGAGAGCCUCAGCCGGCAUUUUCUUCCCAGGUCGGAUAACCGGUCGGGGUCCCACCGAAUGGAGGGGGAGAAGACAGCUCGUUGGAUUCUUUUGUUGCCGUUUUUGAUUAUUAUUUGUCUACGUCGGGCAGGGCCGUGUAUUUAAGCUGCCAUGUCUUGGCACGAAAGACGUGUCUUGCCAUGGAAGGUCUGUCUCUGUCAGGAGCUGCCCAUAUCACUUGAGGGGCUGAGGGGUAGAUGAAGGAGCAAACAGGAGGGUAAACAUGGGGAGCCCCUCAGACAGAGAGGAAGUAAGACUGUCCCACCCUAUGCUUCCCCAGCCACCGCCAUCCCUUUGCCAUCCCUUCCCUCUCCCCCACCCUCGCAUGGCUUUCAGCUGGGCUCUCUGAUUUCGUGUCAGCCCUGCAAUCCUUUCUCCCUGGAGGAAGGAUUGGGGCAGGGGAUAGGGGGGUGGGCUCUGUUCUAUUGCUCUUUUCUGUGUGCACUGCCAGCCCCACCCACCCACUUCCCCCCACCCCAUAAAGCAGAUUGCCAGGCAGUGUCCUGGCUCUUCUCUCUCUUUCCCUCUCCCCCCCGCCCCCCUUUCUUUCUCUCUCGGCAUGACUAGCCAAAUAAAAACACUUUCUUUUCUG